AUGAACAUCCGUAAUGUUGGCUACAGUGACUUUUACGAAAAAAAGAGGAGCAUCAUCGCGAUUCCUUUUAUUACACUCUUCACGGUAAUUCACACCCGUCUCCGAAAAAUUGAGAUGGAGGUUAAAACCAUCAAGUGUCGUAACGGUGUCGCCAUGGUGCCGGGCUCCAUCCUGGUUCUGCGUGUCGUAACCGUGCAGCUUGUCAGGUUCCUGGCGAUCACAACCAUAGGCAUUGAGGGCCUGUGGCCCUUUAUACGGAAGAAAGAGCACGAACCUGUUUCUUCGCCAUCAGUCUUCCCGCUUGUUGAACCUCCCAACUCUUUUGACCACAAUUCGAUGAUUCGAGUCGACAUCCUUGGAUCGUUUUAUGUCACCGUCCGCUACACCUACUCCUCAUACCCCAUGGAGGAUGCUCACUGCGCUAUUGAGCGAGAAGUACGGAAGCUUGGGACCCAGGCGAACCUGGUUCUUUACCUGGAUGGCGGCUCCUCAGAAGAAAAGAGACCCGCUCAAGUGCACCAGCUUUGCGAGUCAUGUUACGGAGCUCGGGAUAGCGGCUACAUCAUGGUUGGUGUAAAUGAAUACUCUACGUCCAAGAAGUGCCCGACAUACGAGAAGUUUGUCGGGCAGGUCGAGAUCCGUAGGCUGUACUGCUCGACCUGCAAGUCUUAA